CAGCACAUCUACACCGACUCAAGUCACAGCACUGGCAGCCUCCCUACAGGGCUGGAUCAGCAUAUAUCUAUUAGGGCGGCAGAGCUGGAUUGAAACUCAUUCGAAAAGUUGACCAGAAGUGUCUUGAGAAGAGAGUUGGAAUUCAACCCUGAAGAACCUUAUUGGUGUAUGCGGGGCAAUCAGUUUUCAAACCCGUUUCAUGGUGAUGCUUUAGCAACAGUGCCACCUUUGCGUCACCCAAUCAGGCACCCAAGCGUGAAUCCAGGAGCGACAGAUCUGAGAAUACCUCUUCUCAGCUUUCUGUAAGUAUGAAUCGGGGGGCAGCUGCAUGCAGGCAUAGCGUGUCGCUGUUGUUGAUGCACAGCUCGCGAGUAGCUCUUCGUUUUUCCAGUGGAAUGUUUCAGUAGUGGCGAUUUUUAUAUCAUAACUGCACCUAGGAGCUUGCAGAAGCGUGAAGUCAUGCAAGCUGCGGGCCAUCCUGGGCAGCCACCACUGAAGCGGCUCAAAACUGCAAAGACACUCUUUGACUACGGAGUCAAACGCAAUGCUGUGAAUCAAGGCAGGGCGAAGUCUGAUCCCAACCAAGUUGGUUUCUUGCCUGUAAGGAGCCAGGUCAACGAUUGGUUGGUCGGUAGUGACGAGAUAAAACCGCACGUCAGCUCGACCUCUCACAACGCCGCUAAUGUGUCACCUUACCUAGCAGAAACUUCCAACAAAAGUUUCUGUUUAGAAAAAGAGCAGCCAGAGGCGGACAGUAUCGCUGUUUCAACCAUUGGCAGUCCAGCGCCACAAGUACUUGCAACAGCUAGAUUUGCCUUAACUCAAGGGACCAGUUUGCGGUCAAUCAGGGCACAAGGGUCUGAAUGGCAGAAGCAAGCUUUCAAUGCUUUUAGACAGGAGGUAGAGAGCGGGUCCCCUCUACCCCCCUCAUCAAAAACAGAAUCCUCAAGCAACAAUAGGAAGAAUCAAGGAUACUCUUCAGUGGCCACACAUGCCCCGCAUACAAGUGGCAGCCCGCUCGUGUCAUCUCCUUCAGGUUUGUUGAGUAGUCUGAGUGCGCCAGUAUCAGCAACCUUGCCCAGACCGUUUAGGCCAGAGAGAAAGAACGUCCCAAGCGUUCCUGGGCUGGAAUACUCCCUUGAUUUUGUCUCUAAGGACGAAGAACGGCAGAUCAUUCGGCUGCUUGAUUCUGGAAAGUUUCGGUGGCGGACAGACAUUGCAAGACGGACGCUUCAUUUUGGCCACAACUAUGUCUACUCCAAGCGGACUGGAGAGAAGAACACGGCCGCCCCUCCCAUUCCCGAGGAGUUAGCUUUCUUGACUGAGCGGAUGGUCGCAGCAGGGGUAUACUCUAGGGAGGAGGCACCUACUGUCCUUAUUGUUAAUGAGUAUCUCGAAGACCAGGGGAUUGCGGCUCAUGUGGACAAGUUCGAGUUCAGCAACACUGUAGUCUCCAUUUCGCUCAACAGCGCUUGCUGGAUGCGCUUUCACGAGCUCGACCUUCCACCAGGUGUCUUGCCCUUCUAG